CUGUAUAGAUGGUUUUGGUAUUGUCGCCAAUUUACAGUAAAUCUUACGGGUUUCUCACAUAAGAUUCGGCCGAUAGAGUGAAUCGUAGGGAAGCGCGCUCUUUGGCUUUGGCCGGAGGAUCAGUGGCCCCGCGCCCCGUUUAAUGGAUCCGACUAUCGGUUGGUAUCAACCGGAGCAGUUCGGCCCCGCGAAGGACUUGUGGCUACACAUUUGGGAGGCCGAGAAGGGACUCGAUAUCUUAACCCUGAAGAACGACAGCUCUUCGGGCACGAUGGUCGGUAGCGGGAACAAACUCCAACAGGACUACAUUCCGCUCGAGUCCGUUAACAAUCGGCUCGGCGAGGAGCGAACCAACCCUCGGGUUCAACAUAACACCUGCAACAAUUAUUACAACCCCUCGCGCAGGAAAACCGAUAACCGUGCUAGCACCUAUGGUAUGAACUACAAUUACGAGGCCCUCGUCGGUGAGUACGGCGGCUGUCCUUGGCGCCAACCCAACAAGCAUUAUUCCAAAGGAGUCGUCGGAUUGCACGAGGAAAUAGAAGACUUCUUUACAUAUAUGUGUCCUUCUAAUGAGGAACAUAAUUUACGUGUACGUGUUGUAAAAAGGAUAGAACAAGUUAUAUAUGAUCUCUGGCCUGAUUCGAAAGUGGAAGUUUUUGGAAGCUUUCGUACUGGCCUAUACUUACCCACAAGUGAUAUUGAUCUAGUAGUAAUUGGCAUGUGGACGAACCUUCCAUUGCGCACCUUAGAACGUGCACUAUUGGACCAAAACAUUGCCGAGCCAUGUUCCAUCAAAGUCUUGGACAAGGCUAGUGUGCCAAUAGUUAAGCUCACUGAUAAGGAAACCGAGAUUAAGGUGGACAUCAGUUUCAAUAUGAGCAAUGGUGUUAAAUCUGCAGAGCUGAUUAAAUCUUUUAAAAGGCGGUAUCCGGUACUGGAUAAACUGGUCAUGGUACUGAAACAAUUCCUCUUACAGAGAGACCUUAACGAAGUGUUCACGGGUGGCAUAUCCUCGUAUAGUUUAAUACUCAUGACUAUUAGCUUCUUGCAGUUGCAUCCCAGACAAAAUGCUCAUUGUUCGAACGCUAAUUUGGGUGUACUGUUAAUUGAAUUUUUGGAACUGUACGGUAGAAAAUUCAAUUAUGUUAAAACCGGUAUUCGAGUCAAAGAUGGUGGUACUUACAUAUCUAAGGAAGAGGUUCAACGUGAUAUGAUUGAUGGGCAUCGACCUUCGCUACUUUGCAUAGAAGAUCCCCUUACUCCUGGAAAUGAUAUUGGUCGUAGUAGUUAUGGAGCUCUCUAUGUUAAAGAUGCGUUCGACUGGGCCUAUUAUGUGUUAUCUCAAGCCGUCAGUCCGCUCAAUAUUUUAAUCAACGACGCGAGCAAAGUUAGUAUAUUGGGAAGAAUAAUACGUGUAACGGAUGAAGUGAUAUAUUACCGAAAAUGGAUCAAAGAAACAUUCCCAUUAUCCCUGGGUGAGGUGGAUUCCCUCUCUAGCUCAACUGGCUCUGACGCAUCCACUCUGUCCGCUCCAGCUAGUGAUACGGACUCAGAAUGCAGUCGCGGAAAUUCUCCCAACACGGGGGGAAAGGGAGAAGACAGAUACAAAGACAGACAUACAUACAAUAACCAACAGUCUCAUCAUCAGUGUAAGAAGCAAUAUAAAUCAACCACUCAUGUGAACCAUCAACAUAAUUCCAGAGGAAAUUAUCCACGCGGAAUAAACAAUAACUCAACCGGGCAAAACAAAGCAAAGAACGCUCAGCAUGGUAGCAAUAACAACAGCAGCAGUCAGAGUCCUCAUUCAAGAGGGUAUACAGUGAAACGUAAGAAGCAGCACGUUGCUCAUCGCGCCCCUGGAGAUUGCGUACGGUGAUGAAGCGCAUCUCGUGUUCCUACGUGUUAAUAUUCAAAGUAAUCAUUUAUAAGAUCGGUGAACAUUGUUUCAAGUGAUUGUUCACCCCGAAAAGCGCAGUAUGAAUCUUAGCAAUACUUGGCGCAGUCCAGAAGAUGGGUAACUAUCAUUGUAUCACGAUUGAUGCGUUUUACAUUUCUUUUUAUUUCUAACUAGACUCAAAAGUCCAUCGCAUCUACUAUUACUACUCAGCAUUUUACUUUCAAGGAUAACUUACUUUAUUUUUGUCGGUGUACAAGGUACCGUUGAAAGCCUACUUUAGCUUUUACUGUCUCUAAAUAAUCGGUCUUAAUUGAAGUGUACGAACCAAAGAGCUCCUGCAGCAUUAUGAUGUAGAUCGCUAAGUUUUCUCGCUCGUUAUUAUACUGUGAUCCAUCCUAUAUCUUUUAUUGCAACGAUUUUUUUUUUUAAACUUCGACCGUGUAGUUGCCUCGGCUGCUAUUCAUAUAGUAUUAUGCACCUAUCGCCAUCAUUAAAUAUAGGAUUGUGUUCAUAGAGUCACACGCUAUACGAAAAACUCCGCGAUGAAGUCACAAUUAAAAUGCUAUGGAUUAUGAUACAUCUCCCCCCCCCCACACACACACCUUCCCCAAAUUUCACGGUACUGUAAGGCGUGUACUCGUAGCUAUGAUAAAGACUUAGUUUUCUAUAUGAAACUAUAUUCUUAUAAUGUGAGAGUGAAAGAAAAUUUGGUGAUAAAGGGACGUGCCCGAUGUAAAUAUUGUAAUAUACUCGAAAACAUGUGAAAAUAUGGAACAUUAAGUUUAACAGUUACCUAGCACUCACCCACACUCAUACACGCAACACGCACAUUUUUUAGUGUCAAGCGUUUCCAAACAGAUAUUUCGCGUAACGAUUGUGACACUGAGUUUUGAUAUGGAUAAAAUCCAUAUUCAUUCAUAUUUGACAUUGUCUCUUUUUUGUAAUAUAUGUAAUUUUUCUCCUAGCUGCAGAGCCAUUUGUACAGUUAUAGCCGUGUAGUUCUUUCCAUCAUGUAUAAAUUUGUAUGCAAGUCAGUUUGAAUGUUUUCUUCCGUAUGAAUGAGCCUAAUAGUUAUUAACGCUGCUGUAUAACUUAUUGUAAUUUGUACAAACUUACGAAAGACUGUGCACAUAAACCAAGCGGUCUUUGUAAGAUAUCACUUUAUUUAUAUACAAUACUGUAUUAUAAUCUCAAGUACAAACAUAUAGUUAAUUACGUUUCAUAAUAAAAAAAAAAGUUGGAGCCUAAAAAGAAUAUUUUACUGCCAAAUACAACAUCCGAUCUGUCACACUUUGAUUAUUUUCUUGCUUGUUAAGAUCCUGUGUGUUUUACUUGAUUUAUACAACUUGCAAUAAAUAGUUGCUGUUGGGUACAGAAAAAAAUUUAAACGCAAA